CGGGGAGUGGUGACAGUCUGCGGGUCUCCGCUGCAGUAGGACAGAGCUGAGGGGCUUCUGAGGACUAAGGGGAGGGGGGUGUCGCCUGACUGCAUGUUCCAGUUUCCUACAGCCGCAUUCACACCGUAAGAGCGAAGCUACCCGAGCCCGAAACAGCCAGCCAGCCAGCCAAGAUGUCGCGACCUCUGACAGACCAGGACCGGAGGAAGCAGAUCUCCGUCCGGGGGCUCGCCGGCGUGGAGAACGUGACGGACCUGAAGAAGAACUUCAACCGCCACCUCCACUUCACGCUGGUGAAGGACCGCAACGUGUCGUCGACGCGCGACUACUACUUCGCCCUGGCGAACACCGUGCGCGACCACCUGGUGGGCCGGUGGAUCCGCACCCAGCAGCACUACUACGAGAAAGACCCCAAAGUAAGCACCCCGGCGCUGGAGGAGGAGGAGGGAGGGGGGGUGUUUGCCGCAUGCAGGCUGGGCCAGCUGGGGGGCGGGGCCGGCGUGGAAGUGAUGACGGAUGGGGGGCCGGAGCCGCUGGGCUCUGGCAGGGGGGCACGGGGGGGCUUUUACAGUCUCCCUAAGGAUCAUCCCUGCCUCUCUCCGUUGGCCUUUGGAGAGCGUGGGGCGACGUGCCACAAAGCAUCCCUCCCCCCCCCCAUCACCGGCGCGAUGACGUGCGAGACCUCUCUCCCUGUCUCUGACCCUGUCUCUCUCCGACCCUGUCUCCCCCUGUCCCCAGCCUGUUUCCUGGACUCCAUGGCCACCCUGGGAUUGGCUGCCUAUGGCUAUGGGAUCCGCUAUGAGUUUGGCAUCUUCAAUCAGAAAAUCGUCAACGGGUGGCAGGUGGAGGAGGCUGACGAUUGGCUGCGCUACGGCAACCCCUGGGAGAAGGCCCGCCCCGAGUACAUGCGGCCCGUCCACUUCUACGGGCGUGUGGAGCACACAGCCGAGGGCGUGAAGUGGGUGGACACGCAGGUGGUCCUGGCUCUGCCCUACGAUACCCCCGUCCCGGGCUACAGGAACAACACCGUCAACACCAUGAGGCUGUGGUCUGCCAAGGCCCCCAACGAGUUCAACCUCAAAGACUGUGAGCCCUUGGGUGGUUUCCUGCCUUCGCCUCUGCCCCUCCGCACCCUCCUGUCUCCCCCCUGCACGCCCCCCCCGCAGUUCUUCGAGGGCAAGGAGCUGCGUCUGAAGCAGGAGUACUUCGUGGUGGCCGCCACCCUGCAGGACAUCGUCCGCCGGUUCAAGUCCUCCAAGUUCGGCUGCCUGGACCCUGUGCGCACCUCCUUCGAGGCCUUCCCCGACAAGGUGGCCAUCCAGCUGAACGACACCCACCCGGCCAUGGCCAUCCCCGAGCUGAUGAGGGUCCUGGUGGACGUGGAGAAACUGGCCUGGGACCAGGCGUGGGACAUCACCGUGCGGACAUGCGCCUACACCAACCACACAGUGUUGCCUGAGGCUCUGGAGCGCUGGCCCGUCCACCUGUUCGAGACUCUGCUGCCGCGGCACCUGGAGAUCAUCUACGAGAUCAACCGGCGCCACAUGGAGCACAUCGCGGCGCUGUACCCCGGGGAUCACGACCGCCUGCGCCGCAUGUCGCUGAUCGAGGAGGGGGACGUCAAGAGGGUCAACAUGGCCCACCUGUGCAUCGUGGGGUCGCACGCCGUCAACGGCGUGGCGCGCAUCCACUCCGACAUCCUCAAGGCCACCGUAUUCAAAGAUUUCUACGAGGUCGACCCCAAAAAGUUCCAGAACAAGACCAGGAUCGGCGAGGACUUCAUCCGGGACCUGAGCCAGCUGAAGAAGCUGCUGAAGUACGUGGACGACGAGGCCUUCAUCCGCGACGUGGCCAAAGUCAAACAGGAGAACAAGCUGAAGUUCUCGGCCUACCUGGAGAAGGAGUACAAGGUCAAGAUCAACCCCAACUCCAUGUUCGACCUGCAGGUCAAGAGGAUCCACGAGUACAAGAGACAGCUGCUCAACUGUCUGCACAUCGCCGCCCCAGGGUACCACAUGGCCAAGAUCAUCAUCAAGCUGAUCACCUCCAUCGGCGACGUGGUCAACAACGACCCCGUGGUGGGCGACCGCCUGAAGGUCAUCUUCCUGGAGAACUACAAGGUCUCCCUGGCGGAGAAAGGUAUCCGAGCCGGAUUCGGGCCCCACUGA